CCCAUCACAACAGACGAGCAUUUAAGGCAAAAGAAUUCACGUCAGAUUCAGACCUGCUUUGGUUUUAACUCAACCUGCUGAGAGGAUGAAGUGUGUUAUGAUCUUUCUCGUGCUUUCUCUGGUCGUCCUGAUGGCCGAACCUGGAGAGGGAUUAAAACGCUCUAUUUGGAAAGCGGGCAAGUCCAUGUUUAGAGGAGCCAGACAAGGAUUCAGAGAGUACAGACAGCAGCGGAGAUUGGAGAAAGUAGAAAGAUAUAAACAGAAAUAUCAGAAUGGGAAAGAGCCAGAAGACGAACCCGAACGCCGUCGCUACACCUGAAGAUUCGCCAAACGUCAGAAUACGAUAAUUGGAUCUAAAGACGGAACAUUUAGCUUUUGCGCUUUUACUAUUAUAAAUAAAAAUAAAGAGUGAAUAGACAAAAAUGUCAAAAACCUGUUAGCUUUUCUGUCAGACGACCCUUCAAUCUUCUUUCUGCUAAUCAAAACCAUCUGAUGCUGCAAACUUUCUUUGAAUAAACUUUUAAUUCAGAUAA